AUGAAGAUGACAAGGGUUGUAGCUGAGACAUUAAUCAGUGAGGGUCAUGACAAGGCUAAAAUUGAACAAAAAGUUAGAAUCCUUGAAGCCCAGAGAAAGGAAGAGAUGAAGAAAAAGAAGAAGGAGGAGAGAGAAGAAAAGAAGGAAGCUCAAGCCACUCCUAAUGUGGUCCCAGUUACAACAGAGUCAUCAAAACAACUAGAAGCACCAUCUGAUGAGCCUGCCAGCCCUAAGCUGAAGGAAUCAGUGAAGAGGAAACAAAAACUGGCUAGGCAAUACAUGACUAUAUCUUUUGAGGAGACUGAAUCUGAUGAAGAGAUCAAACAAGAUCCAAAGAAGAAAGGUGGUUUUUCAAGGGUUGUGAGAGAAAAGAAGGAAGAAGAAAAGAAACAACUUGAGAUGGAGCCUCCCCAAAAGACUCCCAAAAUCACAAUCGUACAUAAGUGGAAGCAUAAGGAAAAUGAGCAAUCUAAACCAAAAACAAAGAGAAGAAUCAGUAAGAAGAAGUUAGAUGCUCAAGACAUUAUUGAUCAAAUCAUUAAUGAUGGUAAUUUGGAUAAAAUUUCUACAUUCUAUGAUGAUUUUCAUGAUAAAGACAAGAAGCAGUUAGAGGAGGCAAUUGUUUUAUAUCUUGAUUCUUUUAGUAGGACUUUGAUAGAGUUAGAGAAAAUUUUGCCCAGGGAAUUAAUCAUUUUGAGUCUUGGAUAUGAUUUAAGUCCUAGUUUUGUUCAAUCACAUAAUAUACAAUUACCAGGGGACAAGGAAUCAGUAAAAAUAGAUGAACAUAAUGUAAAUACAGAUCCACCAGUUAGAACUCCUUCUGUUACUAAACAACUGAAUAAUAGGUCAAAUUUUGGUACUGAGGAUACUCAAAAUGCUCCAGAAUCCCAUGUACAAGAUGUAGACACAGAGGUUGAGAAGGACAAAGGUACAAAGAAUAAGGUCUUAGAUGAUGUACUAACAGUGAGUGAGGCACCAAGUGGCGAAGACACCGAUACAUAUGAGGUAAAGGCUACAGAGGAUAAGUCACCAACUGACAUAGCAAAAUAG